AGCAAGCCCCAGUAUUCUACAAAACCUAGAGCUGGUGAUCAAUCGGCACUACCUUUCUUCCAUAUCCAAUUGUAUCCACGAUGUUGGAUUGGUUUAUGGUCCUUUCGAGGUCAUUGCAUGGAAGUUUCAUUGCAUGAGAGAUGCCAAAAACUAUGCAACUAGUGGAAGAUGGCACCACGAGAAGCUUCCAUGAACUUGCAUUGGAGUCUAAGCUUUGCAAGAGCUCCGGUCUCUCUAUAUAAACGAUUUACGAUCUGCCAUUGAAGAAAAUUUUAGAUCUUCCAACAUACUUGUCACCUUAUUGAUGGAUGAUGUGAUGCUCUCUGAUCUCAUCUCGAACUUUGUGAGAUCAGUCCUCACAAAGAUCAAGUGCCACACGAAGAUAAAAUGCUUUAUCGUUCGGACUGAGACUGAUUUGGAGGAGGAGGAGCAGCAGCACCGGCGGUGCACCGGCACAGAAGAACUCUCCCACCAUGAUAUCGAGGUGAUCAUGGGGAGGCUCGGUCUGUUGGGUCCGAGAGGAGAGGCAGUCGACGUCGACGGUGGUGGUGGGGAGUGCAGAUUGGUCGAAGAAGUUGAUGCGCUGCUGGAGGAGAAGAAAGCGAGCUUGGACGAACUGAAGGGGGCGUUCUGCGUCUUCGACAGGAACGAGGACGGGUUCAUAAGCCCGGGAGAGCUGUGGUGCGUGAUGAGGAGGUUGGGGUUGCAGGAGGGCCUCAAGCUGGAGGACUGUGAGAGGAUGAUUCGUGCCUUCGACGUCGACGGUGACGGAAGAAUAAGUUUCAGUGAGUUCACCCGCCUGCUAGAGAACGCUUUGUAGCUUCUUCUUCUUCUUCUUCUUCUUCUCGUUGCAGUGCCAUUAAAAUCAUCAGAACAAUAUUAAAUGUUAAUAGACUCAUUAUAAUACAACAUUAAGUUGAUAUCUAUCAAUAAUAAUGGAAGAGUCGUAUAUAUUGUUUCUCACAACGUCAAACCGGUCAUUGACAAGUGUGUCUCCCAUGGGACAAACAUGCAUCCCUCUUCCAUGGUUUCAUGUUACCAAUGGCGAUGCCAUGGAUCGCAAAGCAGAACUCGAAUUCCAUGACCAAGUUUCACAACCGCUACAUG